AUGUCAGGCAAUCCUCCCGACGACGACCCCAGUCGACGGGGCUAUCCGGAUCCCAAUCGCCCAUACCCCCCGUGGAAUGGUCAGGACGAGCAAGGGCACCCGCCUCCCGGUUAUCCCUACCCGCCGUCUUCCUAUCCCCCUCCCGAGCACGACCGCGCUUACUAUCCGCCGCCACCUUCGCAAUACCCGCCGCCUCCACACUACCCCCCGGGGUCUUCGCAAUACCCCCCGCCGUCCAGUAUGACUGCCGUUCACCCUCACGGAGCGCCUCCUUAUAUGGGCUACCGCCCCGAUCCAUACGGGCAACCUCAGGCACCUCAGGUCGUCUACCAAGCGGCGGCGCCGCGACAGCGAACAGCCAUUGCCUGCCGAUACUGCCGUCGACGCAAGAUCCGUUGCUCGGGCUUCGAAAACUCCACCGACGGACGCUGCACCAACUGCCAGCGCUUUAACCAGCAAUGUAUGUUUACUCCGGUCUCGUCGCAGGCGCAGGCCUUCGUCCCCGCGCACGCCGCCUACCCUCACCUGCGCGAUUCGCAAGGCCGGACACGCACCGACCCGAAUGUGCAGCUCUACGGCCCCCACGGACAGCCUCUCCCUCCACAGGCGCAUGAUGCGCAAACCACCCUGCCGCCGCCUCAAGGGAUGUACCCUCCGUUCGGCGCCCCCCCGCCCCCCCUUGCAGGUGGUAUGCCUGAUCCGCGCCAGCGUCGAGGCUCAGGCUCGGGCUAUGACUAUCCCGAUCCUAUGAAUCUGGCUCCCGUUACGCCCUCCAGUGCUACCCCCGGAUACCAAACGCAUACCGUUCCGAGCCCCUACUACCCCCAGCCACACGAUCGGCGCACCUCGCCGCAGGGCGGCUACCCCUACGAUGCGCGCCACUCAGCAUCGCCCCACAAUUCGCCAUUUGUGCCUUUGGCGCCCCCGUCCCAGGGCGGCGUGACCCCACCUCCCGCUCCAACCUCGACUCCCGGCGGCUCUCAGCGCGGUGGUCUGAACGUGCGCGACAUGUUGAACCCCGGAGACACUCGCGACUCGGGCGCCCGAUCCAGCACGGACAACGACAUGCUCGAUGCGCUGAACCGGCGCGGCCUGGACAAGAAGUAA